AUGCCAGAGAAGUUUGAUGUUAAGAAGUUCUUCAUCGACUUGGCCUCAGGAGGUACCGCUGCUGCCGUCUCGAAGACCGCAGUCGCCCCUAUUGAGCGUGUGAAGCUUCUUCUCCAGGUACAAGAUGCAUCAAGCACAAUUGCCGUGGAUAAGCGGUACAAGGGAAUUAUUGAUGUGUUCGUCCGUGUCCCGAAGGAGCAGGGCUUUGCAGCUUUGUGGAGAGGAAACAUGGCCAACGUUAUUCGAUACUUCCCCACACAGGCUUUGAACUUCGCCUUCAAGGACUCUUACAAGAAGGUUUUCUUGGAGGGCCUCGACAAGAAGAAGGACUUCUGGAAGUUCUUCGCUGGAAACUUGGCAUCUGGAGGUGCUGCCGGAGCCACGUCUUUGUGCUUUGUGUAUCCGCUAGAUUUCGCACGAACACGUCUAGCCGCCGAUGUCGGUAAGGGAGCUGGCCGCGAGUUCAGAGGAUUGGCUGAUUGCCUGAUCAAGACUGUAAAGUCUGACGGUCCCGUUGGCUUGUACCGUGGCUUCUUCGUCUCCGUACAGGGUAUCAUCAUUUACCGUGCUGCCUACUUCGGACUGUUCGAUACCGCCAAGAUGGUACUAGCAAAGGAGGGCAAACUCAACUUCUUCGUCGCAUGGGCCAUUGCUCAGGUUGUCACAGUUGGAUCCGGAAUCUUGUCUUAUCCUUGGGAUACUGUUCGUCGUCGUAUGAUGAUGCAGUCUGGAAGAAAGGAUAUCCUGUACAAGAACACACUUGACUGUGCCAAGAAGAUCAUUGCCAACGAAGGAAUGUCAGCCAUGUUCAAGGGAGCAUUGUCCAAUGUUUUCCGUGGAACAGGAGGAGCUUUGGUGUUGGCCAUUUACGACGAGAUCCAGAAAUUCAUUUGA